AAGAAAUACAUAAAAUGCACUCAGGAAUGAUCCAGUCUGGUCUGGUACAAGGAGGUGCCUUAAUGAUUUAACGAUAAAAAAAUAGAACCAGCAUCUUUAUUAUGGGAUGACGUACAAUCUACCUUCUCAUAUCUAGGCAUCUGAAGUCAACCGGUCUAUCUGAUGUCCACAGAACCAAGUGCAGAGAGAUGGGGCUCGCCAGUCCUCAAGGGGCAGGCCUUUCCGGCCUUUCCUGCCUGCUGCCUGCUGCCUGCUGCCUGCAGGAGGAUUGACCUGGAGAUGUGGUCUGCCUAUGUUGUCCAGGACGGUCUCAAACUCCUGGCCUCAAGCGAUCCUGCUGCCUCAGCUUCCCACAGUGCUGGGGUUACAGGCUCGAGCCACCAAGCCAGGCCAUCCCUGCGUCUGUGCUGGGCACGGAAAUUAAACCGAUGGCCUGAACUCCAAGAACCGGAAGACCGCCUCUUCCCAGAGUUUUAGGGCCAUUUUAGGAGAACAGACUUCUUACCAUCGGCCUUCCACGCAGUGAGAAUCUCAGACAGUUCAAUGCUAUUCCCAAGAAACGAGCCCAGUGAAACUUCCAGGACUACAUCUUACAAGUGGAACUGGUGAAAUCCCAACGCCACCCUCACUUGCUACCAAUCACCCCCUCCCAGCAGCUGAAGCCCACCGGUAUUUCCAGCAGCGUCGGAUGGACCAGUCCCUCCAGACCCACAGAGACCUGGGUGAGUCAAUGAGGGGAGACUCGGAUUUGGGGCAGUCCUGGGUCAAACUGGGUUUCUCCGCAGCGCAGACCAAUCUCACCCAAGCCGGCAGGAACAGGCAGGCCGAACUGAAGGAGCUUGAGCUACUCACCCGACAUGGUCCUCCGGGCCGCGUGCAGUGGGCGCCGGGGUGCAGUGGGUAGACUUCCCCACCACGGAACCCUCAGAGCAGAGGCGCCGUCUCCAGGAACCCGCGUGGAUUUCCAGGCCUGCGGGCGACAGCGUGGCGGUCCCGACACCCUGAGCCUCAGGCGCCGCCAGCUUCACCCCCGGGUAGCUACGCACCCCGUGUCACUGCGCCCCACGGGACCCCGGCCUCCUCCGACGCCUCCCUGCACUUCCUCCGUGGCGCUCCAGGUCAGCCUCCUGCCCUCUGGCCAGGAUCCCCUUGAUCCCCUGUCCUCCCCGCUGUCACCUGCGACCCCGCUGCGUCUAAACACUCAUGUGCCCAGCAACGACAUCGCCCCCGGAACCCCGAGCGACCUCUGCGGUAUGAGCAGCCGCCCCGCCGCCCCGCGCACCUGCUUGGAGUUCUGGGCAUCUUCUUUCCCCACCCCAGCUGGCGCCCCCCGGUUACCCCGCCCCGUCCACUCCCUGGCCCACCCCUGCGCUCCUGGACCCCGGGAUCUGCACCUCCUCCGAGCUUGGUUGCGCUGCCUCUGCCCGCGCCCACCGGCCAAACGCCCCUUCCCCCGUCACUCCAGGCCCCCCAGGCCCACCCCUGCGCCCCUCGCCCUCCUCCCAGAGCGCCCCCGAAUCCGUUCCACGCCCUGCACGUCUCCCUUCCCCUGCGCUACCACAGCCUCUGCCUUGAGACCGCGCUCCCAACCCCCAGCCUCCCAUCCUGCGCCCCCGCCCCAUCUGUCCUCCGUCCUGGGGCAGCCUCGGAGUCCCCGCGACCCGUUGCGCCUGGACCUGUACUCCGCAGCACUCCGCGCCCCCGCUCGGCACACCCACCCCCAAGCGCCCCAAAACCCUCCCCUCCUUCACGCUUGGGCGACCUCUGACCUCCACCGCCCUGCGCCCCUUGCCCCUACUCUACACGCCAAGCCGUCGCCCCUCCCCUAG